GAUCCCGUUCGUGCAACUCGCGCGUCCGAAUCCCAAUCACCACCACCAUAUAUACAUCCCGCAAGAAGCCAAAGCUCCACCCACCACCCACCACCUCCCACCUUCCGCCGUCCCCCGCCUCUCACCAGAUUUCUUACGCAGGGAAAUGGCGGGGCAGCCGGAGAAAUUCUCGAUGGAUUUCGUGAUGGGCGGGGCGGCCGCCGUGGUGUCGAAGAGCGCCGCCGCUCCCAUGGAGCGGGUGAAGCUCCUGCUGCAGAACCAGGGGGAGAUGCUGAGGAGGGGCCACUUGAGGCGGCCCUACCUCGGCAUCGCCGAUUGCUUCGGGCGGGUCUGGAGGGAGGACGGCUUCCUGUCGUUUUGGAGAGGCAAUCAGGCCAAUGUGAUUCGCUAUUUCCCAACACAGGCUUUCAACUUCGCAUUUAAGGGUUAUUUCAAAAGUUUCUUGGGCCGUUCAAAAGAGAAAGAUGGAUAUAUAAAGUGGUUUGUUGGAAAUGUAGCCUCGGGAAGUGCCGCUGGAGCUACCACAUCGCUGUUGCUUUACCACUUGGAUUAUGCACGGACGCGACUGGCAACUGAUGCUAGGGAGUGUCCAGUUCGUGGUCAACGGCAGUUCGCAGGAUUACUCGAUGUAUAUAGCAAAACUCUAUCCACUGAUGGAAUAGCAGGUCUUUACCGUGGAUUUGGUGCUUCAAUCGUGGGAAUUACUUUGUAUCGUGGCAUGUAUUUUGGGAUCUAUGACACGAUGAAGCCUAUUAUUUUGGUCGGUGCUUUCGAGGGGAAUUUCUUUGCUAGCUUCUUGCUUGGUUGGAGCAUUACGACAGUCUCUGGAGUAUGUGCUUAUCCCUUUGACACUCUAAGGCGAAGAAUGAUGCUCACAUCUGGACAACCCGUCAAGUACCGAAAUACCGUGCAUGCAUUUCGGGAGAUUGUCCAACGUGAAGGUGCAAGGGCCCUCUAUCGAGGAGUCACUGCGAAUAUGCUUCUUGGUAUGGCAGGUGCUGGAGUUCUUGCAAGCUACGAUCAGCUUCAGAGAAUUGCUUCUGGACAUGGUUUUUCCUAUGAGCCGCACCGAGGCGUUUUGAAGUGACAGUUGUAGAAUAUGGAUACAUACAUCAUUCAUAAGCUCCUGUUUCUCUCCAUGGAUCUUGUACAGCUAAUUGAAAUGAAGGAGAUAGCUCCCUCAAUUGUACAGUGUAAUUGAUUAAUUUAUGAAAUUCAUAUAGCUGAUCAA